AUGAAAUUUCUCUCCCUGAUCGCCCUCUUGGGCGUUCGAGCCGAAUUCGAGAAGGAAGACGGCGUCAUCGUCGGUGGCGCUGACAACUUCGACGAGAUCAUCAAGGCUUCCAACCACGUUUUGGUCGAGUUCUACGCCCCGUGGUGCGGACACUGCAAGGCCCUCACCCCAGAGUACGCCAAGGCGGCCGAGCAGCUCGAGAAGGACGGUUCUGACAUUCUCCUCGUCAAGGUCGAUGCCACCGUCCACGGUGAACUCGCCAAGGAAUUCGGUGUUGGCGGCUACCCAACUCUCAAAUGGUUCAAGGGAUCUGACCGAGCUGCUCCAGUCGACUACAAAGGUGGCCGAAAAGCCGACGAGAUCGUCUCCUGGGUUGUCAAGAAGUCCGGUCCACCAGCCGUCCCCGUCAACGGAGCCGAAGCCGCCGAGAAGUUCCGAGAUGACAACGAAGUCGCUGUUGUUGGUUUCGUCGCUGCUGACGAUGCUGUUUUCAACGCCGCCGGUGAUUCCUUCGACGAUGUUCCAUUCGGUAUCCUCGACGCUGAUGCUGCCAAGGCUCUCGACGUUGCUGAAGGCAAGAUCGCUCUCCUCAAGCAGUUCGACGACAAGCGCGCUGACUUCACCGGAGCCACCAAGGAAGAUUUGAUCAAGUUCGUCGGCACCGAGCAGCUCGCCCUCGUCAACGAGUUCUCCGACAAGACCGCCCCCAAGAUCUUCGGUGGUGAUCUCAAGCAGCACAACCUCCUCUUCGCCGCCAAGAGCGCCGCCAACUACGACACCAUCAUCGCCGACUUCACCGAUGCCGCCAAGGAGUUCAAGGGCAAGCUCCUUUUCGUCCUCGUCGACUGCGACGUCGAAGACAACAAGCGAGUCAUGGAGUUCUUCGGCAUCACCGAGGAGAACUGCCCAUCCAUGCGAGUCAUCAACAUGGAGAAGAACAUGGCCAAGUACGCCCCAGAAUCCGAUGAUAUGUCCGCCGCCGCUGUCAAGGCCUUCGUCAACGGUGUCCUCGAUGGAUCCGUUCAGCGACACCUUAAGUCCGAAGACAUCCCAGACAACUCCAACAACGCCGUCAAGGUCGUCGUCGGCAAGAACUUCAACGACCUCGUCCUCGACCCCACCAAGAACGUCUUCGUCGAAUUCUACGCCCCAUGGUGCGGACACUGCAAAUCCCUCGCCCCAGUCUGGGAAGAGCUCGGUGAGAAAUACAAGGACCACGCCAACAUCGUUAUCGCCAAGUCUGACGCCACCGCCAACGAAUUCGAAGAUGUCGAGGUCCAAGGAUUCCCCACCAUCAAAUUCUUCCCAGCUGGUGAAGGCGCCGAGAUGCAGGACUACAACGGUGGACGAACUCUUGAUGACUUCGUCAAGUUCCUCGAGCCCGAAGCCGCUUCUGACGAUGCUGCCGACGCCAAGGACGAAUUGUAA